AUGGCAUGCUUGGGCAUACUCGCCGCAGCCUUCUUAGGUGCUGUAGCAUUCAUCACUUAUUUCCAUCAUGGGGAGCAUCAUCUCCAUGGUGCUAGCUAUUUUAUACAGUUCCUCGUGGCCUGCGGCAUUUCAACAGCAUAUCUCACCUGGAGGCAGGAAUAUACAUUCUCUGAAUCCAUCCAAACCACAAUUCGGACAGCAAUCUCCUUCCUCGCCGGCCUCUACAUAACUGCGUCCUCUACCGUCUCAGUCCCAUCCAUCCACUCUAUAGAUUCCCAGGGCCCCCAAGUGCCCGAAUCAGCAGUCUCUGGCUCUUCUUUCAAGUCCGACAACGGAAACAAGCGCAUCUCACUCUCCUCUCCGCCCAUCGAGAAUAUGGUUCAAUCGUUCGUCCCAAAGGCCCUUAAGAAGAUUCAUGAUACAGGUCGCAAAGCUCCGUUUUAUGAUAUUAAUAAGCCUAUUACCUCUAUUCAGACAACUCGAGAUGAGGAUCUGCAUAAGCAGCGUCGGAAACUUUGGGGGUCGGCAUUCGAAAAGACCAGGUUACCCUAUUAUGAAGCCAGUAUCCACGAGAUCCACGCAAAUCUCUUAGCGCGUAUUGAUCGGGAUUCAAAAGACGAAGAUGAUGGACUGGUAAAUGUAACCCGUCUAAUCAACCAUUACGCCUUCGAUGUUAUGGGUAAAGUCGCCUACGGAACAGAUUUUGACAUGUUAGGCACCGGCAAAAGUCAUAAGGCUAUUGACAUGUUGAAUGAAUCAAUGGCUCUAAUUGGGUUCAUGUUGCCUAUUUGGUUGAUACGGGUUGCUGCUGCGAUACCAGGUCUGACUCGGAAGUGGAGCAAGUUUGUUGCGUAUUGUUUUGAGCAAAUGGAGAAUUGUAGAUUGAAACCAGACUCGCCAGUCAUUGCAUCGUCCCUACUCAGUCCAUGUAAGGAUAGGGAACUAACGCCAGCUGAGAAGCGAGUACUACAUGGAGAGGCACAGUUACUUGUAGUCGCUGGAAGCGAUACCACCUCCGCAGCCAUAGUAUGUGCUCUUUACAAACUCGCACUCAACCCUCAAAUUACAGUGGAACUCCGCGAGGCGAUUUCCGCAUCUCUACCAGUCGACGAGACAGAAAUCAGAGCACAGCACAUCAAGGGCAUAGAUAUCCUAAAUGGUAUUAUCAAUGAGACUCUCCGCCUCUACCCACCUAUACCUACUGCAUUAUGGCGAUUAACACCCGCUGAGGGGGUGUGGAUAGACGAGGAGACGUACAUUCCAGGGAAUGUCGUAGUCUCAACGCCUCAUUAUGUUCUGGGACGAAGCGAAGAUCUGUACGAAAGGCCCGACGACUUCAUCCCGGAGCGAUGGUACUCCAAGCGCGAAAUGAUCAAAUAUGAAGAUUCGUUUGCGCCAUUUACUAUCGGUAAAGAGAUCCCCUUCUUCCUAAAUAAGCCAAAAGUCACGACCAAUACUAACCACAACUCCGUUGCUCCUGAUAUAGGAUCAUAUAGCUGUGUCGGUAGGCCCUUGGCUAUGCUCAAUCUACGCAUGACACUAGCCAAACUCAUUCAUACAUACGAUAUCUCACUUCCAAGCUCGAUGACAAUGGAAGAAGUGCAAGCCGCAAUGGAGGGGAGCAUGAAGGAUAAUUUUACUCUUAUGCCGGGCCAGUUGAAUUUAAUAUUCAAGAGGAGAAAUAUGGCCCGGGCUGGCCCGUGA